AUGGUCGUAACAUCUUCUCAAUCACCAUCAAAAGUAUCAUCUGUCGAAAGUCCAAGAAAAACGAGUCGAUGUCCACAUGUAGCCACAAUAGGAUUCAUUUCAAGUAGUGAUUUUUAUCACAUAAUACAAAGUAAUUCUUGUAAUACAUGUGGACGAAAUGGUCCUCAUCUAUGGUUUUGUCUUCGUGAAGCAUGUCUCUAUGUUGGAUGUGGAUCAGGAAAAGAUGAUCAUAGUGGAGAUCAUGAAAAAGAAAAAGCUCAUCCAUUACAAAUGAACAUAACAACUCGACGAAUUUGGUGUUAUUCAUGUAAUGAAGAAGUAUUAAUUCAAGGAAAUGAUCCACCAUUUGAUUUACCAUUUUUAACUGAACAUUUACUCUCAUCAUCACAUCAAGUAACAGAAUCUCAACAAUCCCCUCAUCCGUCUGACAACAAUGUAAAUAUUCAAUCAUCCGUCUACAAUGUCAUUAAUAUCGUCCAACCAUCACCAUUAAAUCAACAAUCAUUCUAUUCAACAUCAAAAUCUUCUUCAUAUUUAAAUGAAACAGAUGAAACAUUUUAUCGUUUUGAGCCAACAUUGUUUAUAGCUGAAGCAUUAGAAUCAAAUAAACCGCAAUUACAAGCAAGAGGUCUGUUAGGAUUAUAUAAUCUUGGCAAUACAUGUUAUAUGAACGCGGCAUUACAAGCAUUAUCAAAUUGUAUUCCAUUGACAAGUUAUUUUCUUGACUGUUCAAAUUUUAUUCAAUAUCAACAAUCAAAACCGACAUCAACAAAAUUAACAAAAUGUUAUUUAAAAUUUUGUCGAGAAAUGUGGUCAAGAAGAUCUAUCAAAGACGGUUAUUCAUCUAUGAAUCUCGCAUCGAUUGCAGCCGAAAUUCGCUAUAUAAAUCCAUCAUUUCGAUCUUAUACACAACAAGAUGCUCAAGAAUUUUUACGUUGUUUUAUGGAUCAAUUACAUGAAGAAAUGCGUCAAGAUAUUUCAAAUAUUGAUAAAGACAAUUUACAGCAACAAUAUCAAAUCAAUAGCAAUGAAAGUAGUUGUGAUACAAGUAGUAGUUGUGCAACAGAUAGUCAAAAUGAACAAAUACAGAAAAAAUUAUAUACACAUUUAGUCAGUUCGCCAUCUAAAGAUGAUAGUACAACUGAAUAUGAAACAUGUGAUUCUUUACCAUCGUCCUGUAACGAUAGUCUCGAUGAAUUAUCACCAAUUCAAUCACCAUCAUCGUGUUCAUUAAAUGAAUUCAUAAAAAAGUCGACUAAUUCUUCAUCUCCAUAUUCUAAGUUUACCUGUCGUCGAUCUUCUCGUCAUACUAUUCAAACUAAUUUAUCAGUUAGUCGAACAGAUUCGGGUGUAUCAUUAAAUACCAAUGGUCCUAAUCAACAAAAUAAUAAUAGUAGUUCUAGUAUGACGACACUUACUCCUCAAACUCAAAAUAAUUUAUCUCCAUCCUUAUCUGCGACACCACCAUUAAUUCAUAAUGUUUACAGUACUAAAACUCCUUCGACAACAGUUCAACAAGAUGAAAAUAUCGAUGAUAAUUUACCACGUUAUAUCAAAUAUGAAGCAAAACAGCCAUCAAAAUGUGUUAAACCUCGUUUUCAAAGUAUAAUCUCAUCAAUAUUUGAUGGUCGUAUAUUAUCUCAAAUCGAAUGUUUGACAUGUUAUCGUCGUUCAUCAACUAUUGAAACAUUUCAAGAUUUAUCCUUACCUAUACCCAGUAAAGAACAGUUAGAAAAUUUUCGUUUACAAUCGGCAAUUUCUUCAUCUAAUAUUCAACAAUCAUCAAGUUUAACAUCGUUAUCAUCAAUUCAAAUUGAAAAUAAUAAUUCAAACUCAUCAGAUUUGGUAAAAAAUCAACAACAAUCAACAUGGUUUAAUUGGUUCUAUUCAAUAGUAAAAAAUCUAUGGUCGUAUAAUAUUUGGGGUCCCACAUUGACAUUACAGGAUUGUUUAUCAGCAUUUUUUUCAGCCGAUGAACUUACCGGUGAUAAUAUGUAUAGUUGUGAAAAAUGUGGAAAACUCCGAAAUGGAAUGAAAUAUUGUAAAAUUCUGGAAUUACCAGAAAUAUUAUGUAUUCAUUUAAAACGUUUUCGUCAUGAUUCAUUGGUUUACACAAAAAUUAGUACCUAUGUUACAUUUCCGCUAUUCGAUUUAGAUAUGAAACAAUUUUUACAUAAAGAUUGUAAAAAUGAUGUGUAUAUGUAUAAUUUAUUGUCAUGUAUUGUUCAUUAUGGACGAGCUGGAGGUGGUCAUUAUACUACGUAUAGUUUAAAUUCAAUUAAUAAUGAAUGGUAUGAAUUUGAUGAUAAUGAAGUGAGAAAAGUAGAUGCAGCACAAGUACAAAAUGCCGAUGCCUAUAUACUAUUCUACAGAAAAAAAGAGUCAAAUAUAACAGAUACAUACGAUAAUAUUCGACAUUUAUUGGAUAACGAUCAAAAUCGUCUAUUACCAUUUUAUAUCUCAAAAAGUUGGAUUAAUCGUUUAUUUUAUUUUGCUGAACCGGGUCCAAUAACAAAUAAUGAUUUUCUAUGUAAACAUGGUGGUGUAUUACCAAAUUAUUGGAGUGUCAUUAAAAAUUUAGUUUAUCCAGCACCAGAAACAGUAUGGGAAUAUUUGUAUCGAAAAUUUGGUGGAGGACCUGUAUGCAAUAUUUUAUAUCCAUGUCGAAAAUGUCAAUUAGAUGAAGAAAAUUUAAAACGACGACAACGAUAUGAAAAAGCAACUUUUUUAGAGUUAAAACGUAACGAAUCAGAUUCACAUGCUGUCUACGCACUUAGUCCAACAUGGUUUCGUGAUUGGGAAAAUUUUGUUUGUGAAAAAUCUUCAAAUCCGCCUGGUCCAAUAUCAAAUCAAGGAAUAUCUGUAACGAAAAAUGGUAUAAGCAAACCAUCAAAAACUGCAAAUUGUCGUCAAUUAAGUGAAAAAAUAUGGAAUUUUCUCUAUGAGACGUAUGGUGGUGGACCCGUUUUACUUAUUCGAAGUAAUUCAUCUUAUUCGAUGAUUAAUAAUGCUCUUACAACAACGGAGAGUAAUAAUAAUAAUAAUAAUAAUAAUAAUAAUAUUGAUGAUAUUUCAUCACAAGAGACAACAGCAACCACUAAACCACCGGUAACAUUUGUGUAG